UCUUCCUACUCCUUAAAACCACCAUGUUCACCCUCUCUAUACCACUAUGUACCUUGCUCCUUGUCUAUUUCACCGCUGGGGUUGCACAACCAGCUUACAAACCAACAGAUCGCAUCUUUGUCGACUGUGGUUCAUCCACCAAUUCCACUUCCAGUUCCAACCAGACAUGGGAGGGUGAUGAAAAAUCCAAAUUUGUACCUUCCGACUUCACCACAACUUCCUUUUCAUUCAACGCUUCAUAUCAAGAUUCUUCUUACGAUAAAAUCCCUUAUUUGACUGCCCGAAUCUUUAACACUUCAUCAUUCACCUACACUUUUCCAGUGUCUCCAGGGCCCAAAUUUCUCCGCCUCCAUUUCUAUCCAACCAACUACUCCAACCUUGAUACGAAAACAUCUUUCUUCUCUGUAUCAUCCAAUGGCUACUCUCUUUUAACCAACUUCAGUGCCUUGCUACACGUGUUGUUUCAAAAAGAGACUCUCUGGGAUGCAAAACUUGUCAAGGAAUUCCUCAUCCAUGUAAACAAUACACAAACACUAAACGUUGUCUUUACACCUUCGCCCAACUCAUAUGCCUUCAUCAAUGGUAUUGAAAUCGUCUCAAUGCCCGACGAUCUGUAUUUUAAUAAUGCUACUAACCCCAAACCCGUAGGUAUGACUACAGGACCCGUUAUUGAUAACAAUACGGCUCUUGAAAAUAUAUACCGGUUAAACAUGGGCGAGGGACAAAUAUCCGGUAAAGAUGAUACAGGUAUGUACCGGUUUUGGGAUCAAGAUGAUAGCUACCUAUACGGUGCGAACAACGACGUAUACGGUCCAGGGCUUUGGUUGACGCCUUUUAACAAGACUCCGAUCACGUACACUCCUGAGACACCGGCUUAUACAGCACCUGAGAAAGUUUACCAAACCCAAAGGAGUAUGGGCAAUUUUUCUUAUCUAUACAAUCUGACUUGGACACUUCCAGUUGAUUCUGGGUUUUAUUACAUGCUCAGGCUCCAUUUUUGCAACAUCAUACCACAGUAUACAAAAAGUCAUCGAGUGGUUUUCACGAUUUUUAUUAAUAAUCAAACUGCUGAAGAGCAAGCUGAUCUGUUUGAAUGGACCCAAGGUAGCGGAUAUCCGUUUUUCAAGGAUUAUGUUGUGUCAGUCAAGAGGACAGAUGGCUACCCAAGCAAGCAAGAUUUGUGGCUUGCAUUGUAUCCUUACAUAGAUUUUUCUGGAGCAUCUUUAGAUGCUUUUUUGAAUGGUUUGGAAGUCUUCAAGCUAAGCUUGCUGGAGAGUCUGUCUGCUCCAAACCCUGAUUAUGUUUAUCAACCCUUAAAACUGAAGGAGAAGAAGAAGACUCCAGGGUAUGCCACAAUAAUUGGAGGUGUAGGGGGAGGAUUAGUUUUGCUUAUUGUUUUACUUAUUCUUUUAUGGAAGCAUAAGCGUACCCGUAGCAACCAUAACCCAUUACUUACGUUAGAGGGUUGCCGUCAUUUUACACUCAAAGAAGUGAAAGCUGCUACCAAUAAGUUUAACGACAAUUGUAUCAUUGGCAAUGGAGGAUUUGGCAAGGUGUAUAGAGGACAUAUAGACAACUCUACAAAAAUUGUAGCAAUCAAAAGGCUUAGUCCAUCAUCAAACCAAGGUUUUCAGGAAUUCAUAACAGAAAUAGAAUUGUUGUCUAAAAUACGCCAUGUCCACCUAGUGUCCCUGAUUGGAUAUUGCGAUGAAAAUAAAGAGAUGAUCCUUGUGUACGAUUACAUGGUGAAUGGAACUCUACGAGAACAUCUCUACAACACAAACAACCCUCCUUUGCCAUGGAAAACACGUCUCAAUAUUUGCAUUGGAGCGGCUAAAGGGUUGCAUCAUCUCCAUUCAACUGAAAAGCAUACAAUAAUUCAUCGAGAUGUCAAGUCCACAAACAUCUUACUUGAUGAGAAUAUGGUUGCUAAAGUGUCUGAUUUCGGUUUGUCAAAGAUAAGCUCAAAUGAUCCGUCAGAUACACAUGUAACCACAAUGGUAAAAGGUAGUAUCGGGUAUAUUGAUCCAGAAUAUCGCAAAAGCCAACACCUGAGGCAAAAGUCAGAUGUGUACUCGUUUGGGGUGGUUCUGUUUGAAGUGUUGUGUGCAAGACCUGUUAUCGAUCCAUGGGUGAGCGCUGAACAAGUGAGUUUGGCAGAAUGGGGCAAGAUUUGCUAUCAAAGGGGAACACUUAUUGAAAUAAGUGAUCCGAACAUAAGUGGUGAGGUUGCAGCAGAGUGUUUAAGGAAGUUCGGAGAGGUUGCAUAUAGUUGCUUGCAUGAGGGAGGGAGUGCACGACCAGCUAUGGAGGAGGUCGUUCGUGGACUAGAGUGUGUGUUGCAGCUACAAGUAGUUGCCGAGGAAAUGGUCAUUGGAAAUGUUGGCAAGAAAAUUAUGUCAGAAAAGCAAAAUGGGAAAGAAGAUGAGGGAAAUGUUGCAUUAAUUAGCAAAGUGUCACUCAACGAUGGUGAAUCUAAGGAGUCCCUAGUGAUCGAAUUAUCGACAACUUUAAGUAGUUAAUAUAAGGAUUUAGGCCUUAGGAUUCUAUUUUCAUUGGAUAACUUAGUAAUAUACUGUAACUUGUGAAUUUAUAUAUCAAAAUUACAAUGGUGUCAUUACAGUAAUCCAAAAUUUG